UCACCGGGACACACCGUGAUGGAAGCAUGGAGCACCCACGCAUGGAUCAAAAUCCUCCCCCAAAACGCGACGAAAUUCUCCGCGAGCAAAAUAUAAAGUUUAUAAACCCACUCCUCCCCUUCCCCUGUUCCCUCUACCACCACCACCGGCACCGCGGGACAGUCUGCUCUCGUCCCGCUGCAGCCCGUCCCCGACCCGGAACCCUAGCGACUGCCAUUGCCCACGCGCCGCUCGCCCGAUGAACGGCGGGGGCUCUGGGCUGGCGCCCAACGCCGCGCACACCGCGGACGAGGUCUUCCGCGACUACAAAGGCCGCCGCGCCGGCAUGAUCAAGGCCCUCACCACUGAUGUGGAGAGGUUCUUCAAACUCUGUGACCCUGGUGAGUGCGCUCGAUCUCUUUGGUUCCUCGCCCCAGGAUGUGGAGUGAUAGCCGAGGAGGCUUCCGUGGUUUUUCUGCUUGGGCUUCGUUGCUUCGAAAAGGAGAACUUGUGCCUUUAUGGCUAUCCCGAUGAGACGUGGGAGGUGACCUUGCCAGCUGAGGAAGUUCCCCCUGAGAUCCCUGAACCAGCAUUAGGAAUCAACUUUGCUAGGGAUGGCAUGAAUGAGAAAGACUGGCUGGCGCUAGUUGCAGUCCACAGUGAUUCCUGGUUACUGUCUGUUGCAUUCUACUUUGGUGCACGCUUUGGAUUUGACAGAGAAACUAGGAGGCGACUCUUUAGCCUGAUAAACAACAUGCCCACGAUAUUUGAGGUAGUGACAGGAGCAGCCAAGAAGCAGGCGAAGGAGAAGACACCUAAUAGUAGCAGCAAGAGCAACAGGCCUAGUUCAAAAGUGCAGUCAAGAGCAGAGUCUCGUUCAAAGGCUAAGGUCCCCCAAGACGAAGAAGAGAGCGGUGAUGACGAUGAGGAUGAGGAGGCAGACGAGCACAACAAUACCUUGUGUGGAACUUGCGGAACUAACGACAGCAAGGACCAGUUCUGGAUCUGUUGUGAUAACUGCGAGAAGUGGUACCAUGGGAAGUGUGUCAAGAUCACGCCAGCUCGAGCUGAGCAUAUCAAGCAGUACAAGUGCCCAGACUGCACCAACAAGCGGGCCAGGGCAUGAGCGGCAAACAUCGGCAUCGGGCGACCUUUGAUAGGAAGGAAGAAACCACCUCCUGGCUUCAAGAUCCCUAGAUAUGGCGUAGGUCCCUAGUUUACGAAGUCUGCAUUUUCAUGUGUUCAUUAAUAUAUCUGCUGAUUAGCUGUUCGACCUAGCAGUGUCUAAAACGUGCCGUGUGUCUUCUGUGCUGAGUGUUGACAUGGGGCCUCCUCCCUCCAGCCUGUAAACGCUGUCACUGAAGGUACCUCUCAACUGACCAUCCUUCAUUGUUGGUGUCGUGCAGUGAGUAGUGGCCGUACUCUUUGUUCCCAGUUCCUAGCAUUUGAAUUGCUCAAAUGCGUACCUUGCUGAGUAAGGCCGUUGGAAAAUGACGAAUAGCUGCAUUUCCGUGGGUC